GCGGAAGGAGCUGAGGCGAAGUGGCAGUGCGAGAAAGUCAGAAGGGGUUCGUGGCACCAUGCAGUCCCCCGAGGCGGAGCGGGUUCUCCGGUACCUGGUGGAAGUGGAGGAGCUGGCAGAGGCGGUGCUGUCAGACAAGCGGCAGAUCGUAGACCUGGACACCAAGAGGAAUCAGAACCGAGAGGGCCUGAGGGCCCUACAGAAGAACCCGAAUGUCUCUGAAGAUGUGAUGGUUUGCUUUGGGAACAUGUUCAUCAGAAUGCCUCACCCUAAGACGAAGGAAAUGAUCCAGAAAGAUCAGGAGCACCUGGAUAAAGAAAUAGAAAGGCUCCGGAGUCAACUUAAAGUGAAAGUUAACCGCCUCUUUGAAGCCCAAGGAAAACCGGAGCUGAAGGGUUUUAACCUGAACCCCCUCAACCAGGAUGAGCUUAAAGCCCUCAAGGUCAUCUUGAAAGGAUGAGACUCACAGCAGGAUGGGGGACCUAUGACUAGUACCCUCCCCAGCCUUGAGACCUGCAAGGACAGGAUUGUCUAUUUAAGGGGACAGGCAUCAGAAAUGUGGCUUUUGUAUAAACCUUUUUCUGUAGUGCUUGGCUGCUUUGUGACAAGAGAGAACCCUUAGUCUGUUCUGUGGGCUUGGCCUGGCCAUCAGAGGUUGGACACAAGACCUAUUGACAGGCCCUGGCAGCUGUCAGUAGGUGUGUGGGUGUGUGAGAAUGCCUGCAGCCGACACUUCUCAACAGUAGCCUGCUGUUCAGAUGGGCCUGGCCAGGGAUGGAGGGAGAGGGCAAACCCAGAGCUUCAUUCCAGUUUUCUGCAUGGCGAGGCAUUUUUAGGCAGUGUGUGUGGCAACUGGAAUAAAGCAGGAGACUGACCGUUCACUUCUGUGUGAAGCAGACCCAGUGCUUCUCACCAGCUGCAGGAUAGACAUUCAUUUCUCCACUGCUCCAGUUCUGUCCUUUUUUCUGCUGGCUUCUGUAGUAGGUGCUGCCAGUCACCCUCUGUGGAUGUUCUUGAGGUAGGAACCCUUAUCGAGUUCUGGCCCAGGGCUGGCAAGCAGUAUCCUUCCUGAUGUGACUCGACAUGGAGCAUCCUCCCGGCCUCUGAGAGCAGGGCCUGCCUGGCUGGCUCAGGAUCAUGGUGUAAGUGUGGUAUGAGUGAGAUCAUGGUGAUCGUGGUGUGAGUGGUAUGAGAUCAUGGUGUGAGUGUCGUAUGAGAGCAAAACUGGCCUCCUUUCCCUGCGGCUCAAUAAACAUUAACUGAACAAACCACA